UCAUUGACAACGAUGGAGAUUUGCGAGACCGGCGAGGCGUUCAUUGAGAAAGAUGACGACCUCGUUUUUGACCACACCAAGAUCAUCCUGAAAGGAGCGGAUGACGAAUUUUUCUAUGCCAAAACAAAUUCCCGCCAGCACCAAAUUCCUCAUAUAGACGUCAAUAGUCUAGAUAUCUCUAGAAUUCCCGCGGACCAUAUCUGGCCUCUAGCUGAUCCCACGUUCACCCGCGCUGCCGAUCCGCUACCUUCAACCUCCUAUUUGAAGCGACCCAGCCUUCUAUAUUACGAAGAUACACACGACGCUUCUGAAUACAGCCGUCAAAUAUUGACCGAGAUCGAAGCGUGCGAGAUCCUGCGAAGAAACCCGCACCCCAAUAUUGCUCAGUAUCUAGGCUGUGUUGUGAAAGAAGGUCGGGUAAGAGGACUGGUUUUCACGAGAUACUCAGUAACUCUAUCGCAAUUGCUUCGAGACGGGAUAGAUUUCAACAAAAGCCAUUGUUUGAGUGGGAUCAAAGCAGGAUUACGUCAUUUGCACGAGUUAGGACUUGUACACAAUGAUUUGAACCCAUCAAACAUCAUGAUGGAUGGGGAUGAUGCUGUCAUUAUUGAUUUCGACUCGUGUAAGCGAGAAGGAGAGGAAUUAGGUUUGAAGGGAGGGACACUUGAAUGGGCGCUAGACAAUCAAGUCUAUGCAGGACGAGAGAACGACAUCUGCAGUCUAUGGAAGAUAGAAGAUGCUCUAUUUGAGGCCGUUUCAUCACCGACCGAAGCUCCAAAAUAG